AGUUGUUCCCAGUAUUGCCUGAUGUUACUUUUGGCGCAGUGGCUGGCUCAACUCUGGAGGCGAGAGCCUCCUGGCGUCCUGUGCUUUAUUUGCUCCCCCUCCACCCUUGCAACAAAAUACCGAGGUUCUGGUGCUGAUUAUGGUGCCAGGUACUUUGCUUCUGGAUUCCUUGCUCAGGUUGCUCUACUCCGUACGAAGUAUUCCUGUAUUCUGUACAGUCAGCAUUUCCAGCCCACAUAACACAUUCCUCACGAAACCCAAAAUACCCUCCACUCAAAUAUGCCUAGGCAAAUUCCGACUCUCGGCCGGGAUCGUGGAUUUCCGUGGGUUCAUCGAGAGUCAGUUUGGCAAAUGUUGAUUGCAGAUCAUUCCAUCAUUCCAAGCCCACUAUACUACGAAGAACAUCAUCAUCAUCCGGACCGUGCUUUCUCAUUUGACAUUUGACAUGUAGCCAAUCUGGUGAAUCAGACAGUAUCCUUACCGACAACUGGGUCUUCAAUCAUUAAACCCAAGGUUCCAAACCCACCACUCACCAUUCACAGUCAACGAGGGGGACUCAAGUUGCCCUACGCAGGUCGUGGCAGUCUAGAACAUUAUGUUUCUGAACCAUAUACCAGAAGACAACCACCCCUUCCUUCCCACCGCGGGCGACGGGCUUGCGCGACAUGCCACUGCCACAGGCAUGCGUUUGCCCGUUCGUGCCCUUUUCUAGAUGCGGUCGUCACCAGCCAACCACCGGUUUCAGUUU